AUGAAAAAAUACUCUCCAUUAAUUAAAAAAAUGUCAUUCUACGAUUUGACCGCAACCACAAUUCGCCAUGAACCAUUCAACUUUUCAGAAUUAAAAUCUCAAGUAGUCUUGAUUGUGAAUGUGGCGUCGAAAUGUGGCGCUACGCCUCAGUAUACUGGCUUAGAACAGUUAUACGAGAAGUAUCGUGAUAGUGGUUUGGUUGUUCUUGGUUUUCCGUGUAAUCAAUUUGGUUCUCAAGAGCCUGGUGAUGAGAGUGCUAUAGCAGAAUUCUGUCAAUCAACUUUUAGCAUCAAAUUUCCAUUACUCUCGAAAAUUGAUGUAAAUGGCGAAAACACUCACCCUGUCUAUAAAUAUCUAAAGUCAAAUAACCCAAAUGAUAGUGGUAAUAUUAGGUGGAAUUUUGAGAAAUUUUUGGUGGAUCGUAAUGGAAAUGUUGUCGCAAGAAAAUACACGCAAGAUACGCCGGACAAAUUGGAAAGCUCAAUCAAGGAAUUGUUGGAAGUGUAA